AUGCAAUUAUGUCUAGGCAGAGAUAUAUGUUUAGCGAGAAGGAUUAAACGCGAUACUGUUGAGAAAGGCAGAGAUAUAGCGACUGUUCUUGACCAGUACUCAAAGUUUGUGAAGCCAGCAUUUGAGGAUUUCAUACUCCCAACAAAGAAGUACGCAGAUAUAAUAAUCCCACGUGGUGGUGAUAAUCAUGUUGCUAUUGAUUUGAUUGUGCAACACAUUCGUACUAAGCUUGGUCAGCAUGAUCUCUACAAAAUAGAUCCUAAUCUUUACGUCAUUCAAUCAACUUUUCAGGGGCUUACUUAUUUCCUUUCCUUUUUUUUUUCUAUACGUGGGAUGCAUACUCUAAUCAGAGACUCCAAAACAACAAAGCAUGACUUCAUCUUCUACUCGGAUCGAUUGAUUCGUUUGGUAGGGUGUAAAACUAGAGUUAUGUUAUUUUACCAUGUUCAAUCUGUGUAUUCGGGUGUGGACUUCUGUAAGAGGCUGUGUGGUGUCUCAGUUAUCAGAAGCGGUGAGAGUAUGGAGAAUGCUUUGAGAGCAUGUUGCAAAGGCAUCAAGCUUGGGAAGAUUCUGAUUCACAAAGAAGGCGACAACGAUCAGCAGGUUUGUGUUCUUUGGCCUCUUUAUCAAUCAAUUGUCCUUUUAAUAAUAUGUGUGAACAAAUUGGGAAACGAACAGCUUAGAUACGUGAAGCUACCCUCAGACAUUUCGGAAAGGCACGUGCUUUUGCUGGACCCUAUCCUCGGGGCAGGAAACUCGGCGGUGCAAGCGAUAAGGCUCCUGAUAAGUAAAGGAGUACCUGAAUCCAACAUCAUAUUUCUCAAUCUCAUAUCUGCACCGCAAGGAGUAAAUGUGGUGUGCAAAAGGUUUCCGAGGAUAAAGAUUGUGACAUCUGAGAUAGAGAUGGGUUUAAACGACAAGUUCAGAGUUGUACCUGGCAUGGGCGAGUUUGGAGACCGCUAUUUUGGCACUGAUGACGAGUGA